GCCCAGGGGAUCAGGCUCCCACAGUGCCAAAGUCCUCCAGAGGCCAGGACCAACAAACCAGGGGACCUCUCCUAAAAGGAACCCUUCAUGGCCAUGGAGACAUGCCAGUGCCACCCCCUUGUCAUUGGAGAAAGACAGGCCAGAUGGGAGCCUCACUCCGCCCUUCUCCUGGUCCCCCACCCUCUUCUGCUUUGCACAAAACGGAUAUCGUCGGGGAUUCGUCCUGGGAGGUAUGCUGCUUGAGAUUUUGCCUCUGUGAGGGGAAUGCAGCCUCACGGUGCCAUCUUUUUGGCCCUUCCCCACCUGGGGCCUGUCCUGCUCUGGCUGCUCACCCGUCAUCAGACGUCUGGUUGGGACGGUAGCCCAAAGAAACCGCCCUGGUGCCCGCCUCACAGAGUCUUGCUGGCAGGGUGGAUAACCAUCUACUUUGUCAUGGGCUAUGCCUCCUACCUGGUGUGGAAGGACCUGGGAGGGGGCUUUGGGCGGCCCCUGGCCCUGCCUCUCGGCCUCUAUGCUGUGAAGCUCGCUGUUAGCUGGGCUGCCCUGAUUCUCUUUUUCGGAGCCCACACCCAUGGUCUGGCCCUGCUGCACCUGCUGCUGCUCUAUGGACUGGCGGUGAGUACAGCGCUGAUCUGGCACCCCAUCAACAAGCUGGCCGCCCUGCUCCUGCUGCCUUACCUGGCCUGGCUCACUGUGACCGCUUCCAUCGCCUACCACCUGUGGAGGGACAGCCUCUGUCCAGACCAUCAGCCUCAGCCCAUGGGGGAGAAGAACGACUGAGGCACCAGGGACAGGAGUGGAGGGAGGAUGGCUAGGUAGGGUAGAAGAGAACGCAGGCAGGGUUGUGGGGCUAUUUGAAGGAGGAAGGGAGGGAAGGGGGGUCAGGAUUGUUUAAUCCCUGAAGAUGACUCAGCCUAGGGUGGUCACUGUCCUGGGUCCCCUGGUGUCAAUUUCCUUUCCAUUUCAGAAACGGGAGAGGGGAAACUUAUUUUAUACUUAAUAUAAAUUAACUAAUUCUGUAUUAAUAAGGUAAUUUAGAAAUACCCAUUAAUAAAAUCCUUUACAAAAUU